UUUUCCAUAUUGGUGCAAACAUGGGUUUAUAUGAUUGUAGACACCAGGCUGAAGUCCCAUUUCUCAGUGAAUAGGGGCAGGGGGAGAUUAUUACUAUGAAGCUAAAUGAGCGCAGUGUGGCCCAUUAUGCCACAUGUGACUCUCCAGCAGACCAUACUGGCUUCCUGUGUAAGCGUGUGGAGCGCCACCAUCACACCACCUCCUACCAGCGCCGCUGGUUCAUCCUCAAGGGCAACUUGCUGUUCUACUUUGAAGAGCGGGAGAGCCGUGACCCCCUGGGGCUCAUCGUGUUGGAGGGCUGCACUGUGGAGCUCUGCGAGGCCGCGGAGGAGUUCGCCUUUGCCAUCCGCUUUGAUGGGUCCGGUGCCAAGGCUUAUGUGCUGGUUGCUGACUGUCAAACGGCUAUGGAAGCUUGGGUGAAGGCACUUUCGCGGGCCAGCUUUGAUUACAUGAGGCUAGUGGUUAAGGAGCUAGAGAAACAACUGGAGGAGGCCCGGAAGAGCUUGGUUGUCAGCCAUAAAUUUCCAAAGAAGUCAUCUUCUGGCCUGAAGAGACAUCUCUCCAACCCCACAAUGGUACCUGUCCAGGAGCACCCUGUCAUCGUGGAGAAUGGUUACGCUACAUGGGGUGAUGGUCACUCUCUUGCUAGAGGAGUUUCUUCUGACCAUGAUGGGGGAUAUUUAAAACCCCCGCCCCUACCUCCUCGGCGAAGACUGGCAGGCAGCAGCAUAAAUGCAUUGCUGACUGCUGCUCUUGCUUCCACUGUACAGGAAAGUCCCGUGUCUCCAGAGACAGCCUGCUUCUCAAAGUUGCAUGACUGGUAUGGUCAGGAGAUUGCUGAUGUGAGGAGGGAAUGGUUGGAAAGCCAGAAAAAAGUGGAAAUGUGAACAUGGUGGGCACAGAGUGGCUGUUUGUCAGUGGGCAGAGAAAA